GAUAGCCCGGCGAUUGUCGUCUCGGAAAUUACCGGCGCCUUCCUUGCCGCCACUGUGCUGCUCCUUUUGGUAUCGCGUAAAGCGCAUUUGGCUGUGUAUUUCCUCGUAUAUAGCGCCUUGGCCGUUCCGUUUUACAAUGUGUGGAUUCCGGUUACGGCGUUUUUGUCUAUGAAUCGCGUAUGGUAUUCGCCUGAGCAUUUGGAUGCCCAGAGGCGUGCGGCUGAGGCCAAUUUUUUGCCGCCGGCAAACUACGAAGCUAUUAAGAGUAAUUACUUGAGAAGGUUCAGUGAAGCGAGGGAGAAGAGUAAUCCGAUGCAGGAUUUGUCGUCGGAUUCGGAACCCGAGGAUACUUUUCCUCCACUGCCACAGCUGUCUGCACAGCCAUCUUUGUUUGCGCCCCUGUCACUGCUGCCUUAUAAUGAGAAUGCCAGUGGUGGUGGGCUGGGACUGCAUAUAACGGAUAAUUUGCUUGCAUCGCCAGGCUCGUUGCCAUCGUUUGAUCUUCGAUCUGUGGUCGUCAAUAGUGCGCUUUUGGCGCAAGCGCAUGCGGUUUUGCGCCGGAUUUUGGCGGAUUUGGGACGUGUAGUGGAGUUGGAAUCAAACGAGUUUUAUUUAGUUUGUGAGCGUGCUUUGGCCGUGCUUAUUCCGGCGUAUCCUGCGAGUUCGGUUGCUGAACUGGCUGUGGCUGUUAAUCGGGCGAUUGAGGAUAUUUUGGCUAAUAGGGUGCUGAAAAGUCCAGUAACUACAACCCCCCCUUCUGCUGCUGCUGCUGCUGCUGCUCCCCCUCCAGUGGCGGCUGUGAUUCCAAAGUUUUCCAUUACACAGGGGAGUAAUGCUGGGUAUUUGCGUGGUGGAAGACCUGUUAGUGUUAUCAUGGAAGAGGAGUCUGAUGAAGAACAUUAACCGAAUAGGAAGGGAAGGGGUUUUUUUUACUAUUUUUUAUUUAAUUUUCUUGUGUAUAGAUUUCUUUAAUUUUCUUUAUUUUUUCUCGUUUGUAUUAUAUAAUUACAAUUUU